AUGCGUCUGUCGCUUGCUCUGCUGCGUCGAGGUAAACCUCGACCACGGGCUGGCAUGUUUCCCGACAAAUAUCGCCGUGUGCCGGCACUGCUGAAGCCCCAACAGGGCGGGCAACAGUGCUUUAAUGAGUUUCUUAUUCGCUCCACAAAUGACCGGUUAAUGCGGCGCGACGUUGAGGACGAUGCAGAUAAAAUGGAGACCAAGGUUGCUGCCCAGCUCCCGCAGGGGGAUUGGGAGCGCAUGUCAGCGUGCAGCUCUUUAGAGACGGUGCAGAAGGAGAUGCAGCGGUUGGUAGAGGGGGAUGUAGCACAACACCAACGUGUGUUUAACGAAAGAGUCUGGUAUGAGGAGGAGAAGAAGCGCCGUCUUGAAACAUGCGUCGAUGGUGCAGCGACAACUGAAGAGACUGGAGGUGCAGAAGAGCAUGACUUCCCCCCGCGGGUGCUUGGAAACGAUUAUUUUAAGAGUCGGUUUGGCUACUCUCUUGUCAAGGAGAGCGAGAUGCCGCACGGGGUGACGGACUACAACCAACUGGAUAUGUGGGGGGAGAUGCCCAAAUACACAAAUGACAUGGUGUUCCUUUAUUUGAUUUCACGUCGGCGUAACACGUACGCGGUGGCGUACACGUACGAAGGAAAGCGUAUUCUUCCCACCUAUACGGCGGGUAACAGAGGUCUAAAAGGUGGUGAUCGUGGCUUCCGAAGCGAUGGCUCUACGGACAAUGGCCAUCAGGUCACAAGCAUGUAUCUGAACGAUUUGUUGCCAAAGCUACGUGAAAUUCGAGCAAACGAAGGGCGGCCUAUUGGGCGGGGUGAGAAGAUUGAACUUGUUGUACGAGUCAUGGGCUUUUACAAUGGUCGACAGGGGGCGGUGCGGGCAGUGCAGGAUCGCGCCAACGAAUUUCACGUUCGCUACUUUGAGGAUAUAACCCCGUUUCCACUGAACGGACCGAAGAUGCCGCGCGGCGUUUUUAAGUAG